AUGGAAACCUCUUAUUUUGCGACUCCAAAAUUUUUAUCAAUUUCUCUUCAUGUUAUUUCGAUUCUAGCACUUCCUCUUCAAAUGUUCGGUGCCUACUGUAUCAUUUGGAGAAGUCCACAUUCCAUGAGAUCCGUAAAAUGGGCAAUGCUAAAUUUACAUAUUUGGAGUGUUUUAUUAGAUUGGGCAAUUACUAUCCUCAUCAUUCCAUUUGUUUUAUUCCCAGCAGUUGCCGGAUUUGCUUUAGGAUUCUUGAAUUUGCUAGGUGUUCCUUUAAAAUUUCAGUGUUAUAUUACUGCCGUGCUACUUUGUACUGUGAAUGUCGCCGUUUUUACCUUGUUCGAAAAUCGGUAUCAACUGAUGUUUGGAAGAGAAACUUUUUGGGAAGAAAUAAGAAAACAGCUACUUGCUGUGAACUAUGUCUUAGCGUUUUUGUAUCCUCUGCCUUCAUUUUUUCGCUACCCAGAGCAGACAUCCGCGUUGGCAAUGGUUCUAGAGAGUCUUCCUCCUCUUCCUAAUACCCUUUUAUACCAUCAAAUCACUGUGUACGCCAUUGAACUUCGCUUCUUUGUAAUCUCCAUUAUAUUCAUUAUUGGAAUGCUGGGUAUGGAAAUUUUGACACUGGCUACUGUAACUUGUAUAAAAAUGAGGUCUGAUGUUCAUAAAACUCGAGUUUCUCAUAGAACUUUAAACAUGCAACACGCGAUUUUGAAAGCAUUCGCAAUUCGGGUAACGAAUCCGUAG